GCUGCUAACGCUAGGCAGCAACGCUAACUCGCGGUGCGCCCGAUUUGCGACCCGCAGAGGACCGGAGGUUACAGGAUUCAGAUCCAGUGUGGUGGUUCCAGAAGAACUUUGGCCAUUUUUCUGAAUUAUGAUCAGAUUAUUACACACGUUUGUUGUCCUCAGUAUUUCAUGUUUUAUUUCGUUCUUCUGGACUCUGGCUGUGAUGAAACGUUGGCCAGGUGACAGAAGUGUCUACGUCGCCUGUGAGAACGGCGUUCAGGGACUCUGUCGCUUUAAAAGCCUCGUGUUGUUACAGGAAGUGUGAGGGGUGUUUCCAGCUGAUCAACAGAACUAGGACCGGAGUCCGUCCCCCCGCCGCCGCCGCCGCCAACCCCCCUCUCCCCUCUCCUUCAGCAGUCCGACCUGCCCGCUCCGUCCUCCGGCACCACACCGGUACCGACCACCGGCAGCUCUGCACCGCCGCAUUAAGGAUCUCACCCGGGAUUAAUUAGGGGAAGAACCGGGGGGGGAUCCUCGGCGCUCCCCCCUCCCCGCUCCUCCUCAGCUAGCUGCCGUGAACCGGUGCCGUCGGUAGCUGUUAGCCCGGACUGUCAUGAUCCCAGCGCGGAGAUGGCGUCCUUCCCCGGUUUGUGUAAGGCUGUCGGGCCCGCGGAGGAGGAGAACGGAGAGCGGGACGGAUCUCUGCAGCAGAUGCUGAAGGCCAUCGCCGACGAGAGGAACCGACUCAACGUCCGUCAGGAGAUCAGCGGACUGGGCUGUUUGAAGGAUGACCGCAUCGUGUUCUGGACCUGGAUGUUCUCCACAUAUUUCAUGGAGAAGUGGGCUCCUCGGCAGGACGACAUGCUGUUCUACGUCCGCAGGAAGCUCUCCUACGUCAGCGCCGACAACACCGAGGGCAAAAAGGUGGAGGUGGAGGUCUACAGGAGGGACUCGAAGAAGCUGCCCGGCCUCGGCGACCCCGACAUCGACUGGGAGGAGAGCGUCUACCUGAACCUGAUCCUGCAGAAGCUGGACUACGUGGUGACGUGCGCCGUCUGCACGCGCUCAGACGCGGGAGACAUCCACAUCCACAAGAAGAAGUGUCAGGAGGUGUUUGCGUCUCCCAGUAAACACGCCAUGGACAGCAAAGGAGAGGAGUCCAAGAUGAGCUACCCCAACAUCUUCUUCAUGAUCGACAACUUUGAGGAGGUGUUCAGUGACAUGACGGUGGGCGAGGGGGAGAUGGUCUGCGUGGAGCUGGUGGCGAGCGACAAGAGCAACACCUUCCAGGGUGUCAUCUUCCAGGGCUCGAUCCGCUACGAGGCCCUCAAGAAGGUCUACGACAACCGGGUGAGCGUGGCUGCUAAGAUGGCCCAGCGGAUGUCGUUUGGCUUCUACAAGUACAACAACAUGGAGUUUGUGAGGAUGAAGGGCCCGCAGGGCAAAGGCCACGCCGAAAUGGCCGUCAGCAGGGUCCCGACAGGUGACACCUCCCCCUGUGGCACCGAGGAGGACCAGGUGUCCCCCAUGCACGAGAGGGUGACGUCCUUCAGCACCCCCCCGACCCCGGAGAGGAACCGUCCCUCCUUCUUCUCUCCGUCUCUGAGACGCAAGAUGCCCCGAAACCGAAUCGCCGAGAUGAAGAAAUCCCACUCCGCCAACGACAGCGAGGAGUUCUUCAGGGAGGAGGAAGACCAAGAUCUUCACACCGCCACCAACCUCCGCUCUCGUUCCCUGUCUGGCACCGGUCGCUCUCUGGUCGGCUCCUGGCUCAAACUGAACCGGACCGAGGACUACUUCCUGCUGUACUCGCACCUGACCUACGUCACCCUGCCACUGCACCGCAUCACCACAGACAUCCUGGAGGUGAGGCAGAAGCCCAUCCUGAUGACAUAGCAGGGCUGGACCCCCCUCCCCCCCUCAGAGCAUCGCUACCAAGUGCCUCCUGCAUCAGGCCACCGAGACGAACAGCAGCGCCCCCCGGCGUCCAGACCGAGACCCGCAACCAGACACCUGCUUGGAGCCGGGGGCGGUCGGAGGAGACGACCGAGACACAAACACCGUCGGAGGGACGAAGACAAAACAAACAAACAAACCAGCCAUU